GGGGAAGCCUCCACCAAGGAAGGCAUCAGUCUGUGGCAUCUCCUCCCCAGAACGAGUCAAUUUGCACGACAACAUGAAGCUGACCAUUGCCAUUAUCGCGAGUAUCCUGCUCAUCAGCUUGGCCGAUUUGGCCACUGGAUCGGCUUGUGGAUGCACAGAUACAACAACAACCACUUGCCAGCCAAUAACAACCAAAUCAACAACCACCAAGAGGACAACCUGCAGCACCACCAAGAAGACCACCACUAAGGCCACCACCAAGCCCACCACCACCAAGAAGCCUUCAUGCAGCGUGUGCGGUCCGGGUGGUUCAGCCUGCCAGGGAUGCCCCGAAAGGGAGAAUCUCUGCCAGGAGCUGAUCAACACUGUGCGCAACCUUGAGCGCAGGAAGUAAAUCAUCCUUCAGCUGACUCCCUGUUGUGAUGCGAUCCCUGCCUGCUCAUCUUGGACUAUGCUUCUGUCCCACAAUUGUUAUACCCUCAUCCAUUCCUGUUGUUUUAAUUGACUUUUUAUAGAUAAUAAACCCGUGCGGAAUGCUGACUUUGGUCGCCUUCCAAUCAUUUUAUACUGUUGCAAAAU